AUGGUUCUCGCCGCCUUCCAACAACCGGGACUCCUUACAAUCGUUGCAGCAGCAGUUCUGGCCAUUGUCACCGUUGGUGUCUUAGCGCGCAGGGCUCGUCGUCCUUCCACUCCGCCAGGCCCGAAAUCGUCUUGGCUGGGAUUCGGGCAACCCACUGUCCCUGCGACAUAUCCUUGGUAUACUUACGAGGAAUGGCAGAGGCUCUAUGGUGACAUCGUGUACUACCGUGCUUUUGGGAACUCUGUCGUCAUCGUCAACUCAGCAAAGGUUGCAGACGACCUCCUGGAGAAGCGCGGUGCCAUUUAUUCUUCUAGGCCCGCCAGGACUAUGUUGAGAGAGUUGAUGGGUUGGAAUUGGUCCUUCGCUGGCAUGCUCUACAGCAGUUCCUGGAGAAAAUAUCGCAGCACUUUCCAAAGGCAUUUUAACUCACGUGCAACGGCCCGGUACGAGCCGUUGCAGCUCAAGGAAGUGCAGACAUUUCUUCAUAACCUGUAUCGCGCCCCGGAAAAUCUAUACUAUCAUACGCGCAGGAAUGCAGCCGCAUUGGUCAUGAAGAUCUCCUAUGACCAUGACAUCGCGGAGGAGGGAGAUCACUUCGUAAAUCUGGCUGAUAGGGCUAUGUCGAGGACUAUCCAAGCGGCAAUUCAUGGAGCUUACGUUGUGGACUACCUACCGAUUUUGAGGUACAUCCCUAGUUGGUUCCCAGGCGCCACAUUCAAGAGAGAUGCUAUAGAAUGGCGUCAGGACUCCAUGGCGAUGCUCCAGGAGCCUUUUAACAUGGUCAAACGGAGGAUGGCCUCCGGAAGUGCAGGACCCUGCGUGACCACAUUGGAGUUGGAGAGCACCAAUCGUGAGCAGGAGAUUGAUGUCCCGAUGAUCCAAGGUUCAUCACUCACUCACGAUUUCAAGACCGUUUCUGCCAUCAUGUCGUUCUUCGUCGCCAUGAUGAAUAACCCCGAGAUCCAGCGCAAGGCUCAAGCAGAGAUUGAUCGCGUCGUGAGGGGUGAUCGUCUCCCUACGUUCGAAGAUCGAAGCCAUCUCCCAUUCAUCACCUGCAUCGUCUGGGAAUGUCUACGAUGGAAUCCCGUCGCGCCAUUGGGCGUCCCUCAUGCGUCGGUUCAAGAUGACGUCUACGAAGGUUACUGGUUUCCGAAGGGCACCACCAUCGUCCCGAACAUUUGGCGAUAUCCAGAUUCGUUCACGUUCAACCCAGAACGAUUUGCAGAUGAAAAGAAAAACGCUGAACUCGAAAUCAACGAGCUCCCGAAAAUAGCCUUCGGAUUCGGGCGCCGUGUCUGUCCCGGCCGCUGGCUCGCGCUCGACACCAUAUGGAUCACGAUCGCGUCUGUCCUGGCCGUCUACAACGUCUCGAAGCCCAAGGAUACGAAUGGCGUCGUCAUCGAGCAGCCCGUCGAGUUUACAGGCGUUUCGAUCAGUCGACCAAAGCCGUUUAAAUGCGCCAUCACCCCUCGCUCAGGGGAGGCUCUAGCACUUAUAAGGAAAGUGUAG